AUGUUGCGUACCGUCGGGCUCCAGCAUUCCAGACGGCAGGCAGCCUCUGCUCUUCCUCAGCUCAUUCGUCUCUACUCAAUCCCUGCCCCCGCCCCCGCUCCCGUCCCAAACACCGACAAGGACGCCCCGCCCCCACCACUCUCCAAGAAACCAAAGAUCGACCUCCGUCCAGCUCCAAUAAAGCCCAAGUCUUCAUCCCCGUUACCUGCAAAGCUCCCCCGCUCCUUUAUUCCACCCACACCCUCUCCCACCAACCCUACAAAGCUCUCUACUGCAAAGGAAGAGGUCCAGCACGACCUCCACGAUGCCCAAGCCCAUGGCAUUCUCACACCUCCACCCCCAGAUGCAAACUGGUUCAGGCGGACCCUCCACCAGGGCAUCCAGCUCUUUAAAUUCUACUAUAGAGGUGUCAAACUUGUUUUUUUUCGCCGGAAAGAAAUCGCUAUUAUUAAAGCACGAGUCAGAGGUGGCGGCGCACCACUGACCCGUUCAGAGUUCCGUCUCAUCGAGACUCAGAAGGACGACAUCAACAAAAUUAUUCCCUUCCUCCUCAUCGCCCUCGUCCUCGAAGAAAUCAUCCCCCUCAUCGCGAUAUAUGCGCCCUUCCUCCUGCCCUCGACCUGUAUCCUGCCUUCGCAGCGUGAGCGCAUCGAGACAAAGCGCGCCGAAAAGGCGAAAACAUUUUCCUCGCAGUACUACACCGUAUACGCCGCGCUCAAGCGCGCUGAGAACCCGGCAGGUUUCCUCCCGCUCUCUGCCCUGCGCAACACUUCCUCCGCUCCCACGGCCGUAUGCGGUCUUCUCGGCCUAUCUACCAUCGGGAUCGAUGCCCUGCGGAUACGGCGGAUACGGCGCCACCUCCAAUUUAUCACGCGUGAUGACCAGCUGCUCUUUCAGGACAAGCUCACCGCAUCCCUCUCCCUGCGUGAGCUCAGAGAGGCGCUUGAGGAGCGUGGAAUUGGCGCAAGGGGCCUUUCCACGACCGACCUUCAGUCGCGGCUCCAAUGGUGGCUAGACGCUGUCAAAGAAUCCAGUACAAACAUUGACGACAACGCCAUCGCCCGGCGCCUUGCCCUUGUCAUCCACAUAUCAUAG